AUGACCACUGACCGAUCCACCUGCACUCUAGAAUAUGCAUUCAAGGCCAUCACAUCGGCCAACAUCACCUCAAUCGGCGUGAGAGGGAAAGACUGUGCUGUGGUGCUGUCGCAGAAGAAAGUUGCUGACAAACUGAUCGACCCGUCCUCCGUUUCACAUGUCUUCAAGAUCUCGCCCUCCGUGGGCAGUGUCAUGACCGGCUCCAUAGCAGAUGCUCGUGCAUCUGUUGACCGUGCUCGUGGAGAAGCUGCUGAAUUCCGGUACAAGUUCGGCUACGAGAUGCCGUGCGAUGUUCUUGCAAAGCGCCUGGCCAAUAUCAACCAGGUGUACACACAACGAGCUUACAUGCGACCACUCGGCGUGGCCACGACCCUGAUCUCGGUUGAUGACGAGCAGGGCCCGCAGCUCUACAAAUGCGAUCCAGCUGGUUACUACGUCGGGUACAAGGCGACGGCAUCGGGCCCCAAGCAACAGGAGGCAUUGAAUUACCUGGAGAAGAAACUGAAGAACAAAGACCAUGCACCGGGCAGCUGGGAGGAGGUUGUGGAGCUGGGCAUCACGGCCAUGAGCAACGUACUCAGCGUCGACUUCAAGAAGCACGAACUGGAGAUUGGCAUCGUUGGCGGGCCGCGCGCGGAUGGUGCAGAGGGCACCACCACAGAUUUCCGGGCCCUGACAGAGGAGGAGAUCGAUGAGCGGCUGCAGGCCAUAGCGGAGAAGGACUAA